GUUUCCAUGAUGAUCUGAAAUAGAUUAAAUAUCUUAUUUGCUUUUGUAAUUUUACAAGUGCCUUCUAAACAAUUUUAAUAUUAACGAUAAACUUUUUCUCGAACUUUUUGAUUUUUUUUUACUAACGACACUGUCAAACUUGCCAUAACACGCCUUUAUUAAAUCAACUUUCAUGCUAUUCUGUUUGUAAAUAUAGUCCUUAUGAAACAAAACCAACUUCAUUAAAUUCUUCGCCUUCAGCUGCGACGGAACUACUUUAUCAGCCAUAAACUCCACGACAUCUGAUCGAACCAUCUGUUCAAAAUGGCGGCGAAUAACGGAAAACCAGAAGUCAAGGAGCCUACGCUGACCUACGAAAACUACCUGAACAUCGAGAAGCUCCUCUCUUGCUUACAACUUCGAUGCCCCAAGUUUGGAAAAUAUGAACACGAUGAACACCUCUUCAUUACAAUGCACCAAGCAUAUGAACUGUGGUUCCGGCAAAUGAUCUUCGAAGUGGACUCCAUCCGAGACAUCUUACGUGAAAGGCCCUUGGAUGAAACCAAGAUGCUGUCUGUGAACAACAGGACGGAUCGAAUUAUCCUAAUCCUAAAGCUCCUUCUCGGCCACCUUAGCGUCCUGGAAACGAUGUUCCCCAUGUCAUUCUUCAACUUCCGGGAUUAUCUCUCACCUGCCUCCGGUUUUCAAAGUGCCCAAUUCCGGGUAUUCGAGAACAAAGUGGGAAUCAAACCGGAUGACCGUAUCCAGUACAUGAAGGAUGAGUACGUCUCACAGUGCAAUCCUGACAAACAAAAAGACAUUCUCGACGCUGUGGAUGAGGAAACACUAUUCCAAAUCGUAGAGCGGUGGCUGGAACAGACACAUGGGUUGGAGGAAGAUGGAUUCAAUUUUUGGAAGAGAUUCGGAGAGAAGGUAGAAGAACGUCUCAAGGAUAUCAAGGCUAGAGAAGAGGUGGCGGAUGCUGAUCACAAGCCAGGAUUAAAGAAGGACUUUGAUGCCUGCAAGGAUAUCUUUCAUAAAGUUCUCACCGAGGAUGAAUAUAAGAAAUUGCUGGCAAGAAAGGAAGUGAGACUUUCACACAAAGCCCUACAGGGGGCGCUAAUGAUCUCUUUCUACCGGAAUGAGACGAGGCUCCAGCAAUCAUUCCAAUUUCUGACUAAACUCAUCGAUGUGGACGCCUACAUGAACAAGUGGCGAUACAAUCAUUUGCUUAUGGUACAUCGCAUGAUCGGUGCUAAGCCAGGAACCGGGGGAUCAUCAGGUUACCACUAUCUUAAGGCAACUAUCAGUGACAAGUAUCGUAUCUUUCUGGAUCUGUUCAAUCUCGCCAACUACUAUUUGCCGCAGGCGUUCGUUCCCGAGCUUACUUACAAUAUGAAAGCCUUCCUUUCACCGACUGGAAAUCCAAAUUAAUCAAUCAUGUCAAUGAAAUCGUCAGGGAGCGUUUCAUAACACGUGAUAUAAUAGCACAUUUCUAAUAAAAGUUAAAAGCUACUGAAAUCAUGGUAUUUGAUUGGCUGAUGGUAAAUUUGUUUUAGAAAUCAGAAAUGUAUUGCUAUAUCAGGUCUUUAUGAAACGGGACCCAAACCUUCAGUUCAUUUCAGGUCCCGGUUGCAGAAAGAGUUGUGUUUGAACGCAACUAAACAAAAAUCAGUCGCAAUACACGAUUUUGAUAAUAAUGGUUGAUCAUCAAAAUUGAAUAUAUUUUUAUGUACGUUCGCUAAAUUGCAACUCGGUUCUUAUAGCAAAAAAGUGUAAUAAUGGUAACUGGUAAUCUCGCUAGAAAUAGAUUAUUCGCACCAAUUUCUAUUCAAAAUACAGACGAAAUUCAAUAUCAUUUGAACAUUUGAAAAAGAAUAGCAGCUGAGUUAGAACUUAGAAACACCGUAAAUUAAGUGCUGACUCGAACCUGUCAUAUCGCUUUAAAAAAAUAUUUUGAACUUAAAACGUACAUCAGGGGGCGCGGAAAUGGUGGGGGGGGGGCCUGAAUGGGAUUCAGCCCUACCCAUUUCCAAAUCCGUGUACACAAACGUAAAAAUGGCCAUCUGAUUGUGAUUUUUUUUUGCCUAGUCAGAGCCCCCCCCCCCCCCCCAAUAUAAAACCGUUCCGCGGCCUCUGUACCAUCUGUGUUCCGGGGCUAGAAAAGGCCCCAACCCUCCACGAAGAAUAUCAAUGUUUUUGUUCUGAAUCAAAUCACCGCACAGUAUUUGUCAUCUAUGAAACUUUUUUAUGAACAUCGUUGGAAUUUUUCGCUUUCACAUUUCACGAAUUUGCAUACCAAAUUCAUUAGAAGAUUAGGAAUUGUUUAAAAAUUUCGAUUUGUGCUCGAUCGCUUUCAUACGCGAUCGCUUUUUUAAUACAAAAAUAUCACAUCCAAGAACUAAGCCCCCUUUAAUUAUAUCAAUGUAAACUAGAUAAGAAGAUAAGUUGAUAUAAUAGUCUGAGGUGUCUCCUCGCCCGAUUGUAAAAUUGUCGUAAAAAUGUUUUUUUACGACUAUAAAGAAUAUGGGUUUGCAAUAGACACACCUUGAUAACUAUGUUAACAUCUAAAGUAAAAAAUCCGAUUGCUGUCCUAUAUGAUGAUUGAAUACGAGCACUGGAAAAUGCUAUUUGUGAAAAUAAUUAAUUUCCAACACAUUUAAUAUCGGCCAAAUAAAAAAUAAAUGAAAUAUUAUAUUUGUAGCAGAUAAUCACGGGUGGCUAUGGCAUGUUAAAGAACCUUAUGGAUAUUAAAAGUAAAGUACAAAUAACAUAAAAUUGGAAUAAAGUUCAUUUCACGUAAGACUAUCGAUCUAUUCUAAAUAGAUUUUUUAUUUUCGCAAUACUGUAAAGAAGAAUGAUGUAGAGACUGGAUUAUAAAUGCCGUUUUUAAUAACUUGAAGAAUCCUAUGUUCAAUAUUUAUUAGUAAAAAAUAAACAUAAAUAUGAUAGUGAUGAUUGU